GGAUUCAUCUAACUGUCAGGCCAUUCAGGAAAACAGGGUUGAAUUCUCGUGACCCGAGAGAGUGAAUGGGUUGCCAUGGUAACUGACACCGGCAGGCCGACCCCAGAAAAGUGGAUGUUGAACGAAGAGCGAGACGCCGUGGCUUGUGUGCGAAAGUAACGGGGACUCGCAGAAGAGACCGAGAGAAAGGAGGGGAAAAGGGAGGUAGGCUAGUUGAGGACAGCGGAGGUCUAGAAUGGAGGACGGAUUUUCCAGUUACAGCAGCCUCUAUGACACCUCCUCACUGCUGCAAUUCUGCAACGAUGACAGUGCGUCUGCGGCCAGCAGUAUGGAGGUGACAGACAGGAUCGCCUCUCUGGAGCAGCGCGUCCAGAUACAGGAGGACGAGAUCCAGCUCCUCAAGUCGGCACUGGCCGACGUGGUCCGCAGACUCAACGUCUCAGAGGAGCAGCAAGCCAUGCUCAGCAGGAAGGGACCAACCAAAGAAUCGACAGGGAUGAGAAAGUCUCUCUCUGCUGACUGCAGUGCUGGGAAAUCAGCCAGGCCCAUGAUGGCAGCCUUACCCCUGAGGCCAACGCUCAAUAACGGCUCUGUGUUACCAAAGAAGAGUGGAACACUACCCUCACCCUCAGGCACCAGGAAGGACACCAACUCACCAGCAACCAAGAGCACUGUGAGGAGAACCAGCUCCUCGGAGCAGGUAGGGACUCCAGGGAGAAAAGACAGCGGCGACUCCAAGACCAACCGCUCCCGGACCGCCUCCACCGGGAGCAACUCCAGCAGCAAGAGAGCGAGUGAAAGUAAACAGAGGGAUCCUGUGUUCAGUGCAGGGAUGCGCCGAGUGACGCAUUGCAAAGAUGAAGGGUAUGUCAAAAUGUAUUUGAAAGGACGGCCAAUCACCAUGUACAUGCCCAAAGACUUGGUGGAUUCCUAUUCGCUGGAGGCCAAAGCAGAACUGCCCUCACACAAACUGAAACUGGACUGGGUCUACGGUUACCGAGGGCGGGACUGCCGCUCCAACCUGUACCUCCUGCCGACGGGAGAGACGGUGUACUUCAUCGCCUCUGUGGUGGUGCUGUACAACGUGGACGAACAGCUACAGAGACACUACACAGGACACACUGACGACAUCAAGUGCCUGGCCGUCCACCCCGAUAAAAUCACCAUAGCAACAGGACAAGUCGCCGGCACCUCUUCAGACGGUAAACAGCUGGCUCCACACGUGCGGGUCUGGGACUCCGUCAGCCUUAACACCCUCCACGUGCUGGGCUCGGGCUUCUUCGACCGGGCUCUGGUCUGCCUGUCCUUCUCCAAGUCUAAUGGAGGCAGUAGUCUGUGUGUGGUUGAUGACUCAAACGACCAUAUUCUGUCAGUCUGGGACUGGCAGAGAGAGGAGAGACUUGCUGAUGUUAAGUGUUCAAAUGAGGCGGUAUUUGCCGCUGAUUUCCACCCCACAGACGCUAAUGUAAUCGUUACGUGUGGAAAGUCUCAUCUGUAUUUCUGGACUCUGGAGAGAGGCGUUCUAGUGAAGAAACAGGGCCUGUUUGAAAAACAAGAGAAGCCCAAGUUUGUCUUGUGUGUGACUUUUUCAGAAAACGGCGAUGCUGUUACUGGAGACUCCAGUGGCAAUAUACUUGUCUGGGGCAAAGGCAGUAAUCGAAUCAGCCACGUGAUUCAAGGUGCUCACGAGGGCAGCGUGUUCGCUCUGUGCAUGCUGAGAAACGGCACGCUUGUCUCGGGAGGGAAGGACCGCAAACUCAGCGCGUGGGAUGGGGACUAUCAGAACGUCCAAACCGUGGAGAUUCCUGAGUUGUACGGCCCUAUUCGCACUGUCGCCGAAGGACGGGGAGACACUGUGUUAAUUGGAACCACUAGAAACUACGUCCUCCAAGGAACGUUGGAUGGCGAAUUCACCCCCAUCACACAGGGACACACAGAUGAGUUGUGGGGUUUGGCUGUGCACCCGCUGAAACACCAAUUCCUCACCUGCGGUCACGACAAGCUCGUUAGCCUGUGGGACUCCGACACUCAUCAGCCUCUCUGGACCAAGACAAUGGAGGAUGCAGCCCAGUCUGCUGGUUUUCACCCCUCGGGGACGGUGGUUGCUAUAGGAACACAGUCAGGCAGGUGGCUGGCUCUGGAGACGGAGAGCAGAGAUCUGGUGACGGUACACACGGACGGAAACGAGCAGCUGUCAGUCAUGCGUUUCGCUCCAGAUGGCAAUUUCCUGGCUAUCGGAUCGCACGACAACUACAUUUAUAUCUACGCUGUCAGUGAGAACGGGAGGAAGUACAGCCGCGUGGGGAAAUGCUCAGGACAUUCCAGCUUCAUCACGCAUCUGGAUUGGUCAGUGGACUCGCAAUACCUGGUGUCUAACUCAGGGGACUAUGAAAUCUUGUACUGGAUCCCCUCCGUGUGUAAACAAGUGGUGAGUGUGGAAACGACCCGUGACAUCCAGUGGGCCACGUUCACCUGCACACUGGGCUUCUACGUCUUUGGCCUGUGGCCAGAGGGUUCAGACGGAACAGACAUUAACGCCGUCUGCAGGUCCAACGAGAAGAGACUCCUUGUCACCGGAGACGAUUUCGGAAAAGUUCAUCUUUUCUCUUUCCCCUGCUCGCAGUUCCGGGCCCCCAGUCAUGUGUAUGGUGGACACAGCAGUCAUGUGACCAACGUGAACUUUCUCUCUGAUGACUCUCAUUUAGUGUCGACAGGAGGGAAGGACAUGAGCGUCAUGCAGUGGCGUGUGGUGUAGGACACAGCCGGCAGGGACGGACGGACGGACUGACAGACGGACUGACGGACCACGCACGAUCAGACGGAUUGGACAGGCAGACAGAAAGCGUGUCCUCUACGGGAUAGGAAGGGAGGGGAAGAGAAACUUCCAGAAGUUUCGGUUGGAUCAACAAUCGUGGGGAAGCAGAGGCCUGGGCAACAAAUGAAGUAAUGACGUGAUUGGUUCCAUCGGCUGUCACAAUUAUGUGGUUCUCUAUAUUAUUUGUUAAUUCACAACUCAGGAAACUAGAAGUUUUGAAACCUCCAAAUGGACGGUCCCUCCCGAAAUCCUCACUCUGUGUGUUUGAGAAUACGCCUUCUAACCUUCAGAUCUGUCGCUCUCCUCACAAACACGCAAACUCUAGCAUACGGAGUUUGCCCUCGAAAUCAACGAUACUGCUUUCUCUUCACAAACCCAGACUAAAGCUGUAAAAAGUACUUACCAAGCACAUCAACCUGUGUUAGCUUAUUUUCCAGAGGGGAAAUUCAGUACAUUCAUCUUCAUUUGUCAGUACAGGGUUUCUUUGUCAUGUAUUCUAUAUUUUUGUUCUCGACACAGAUUCCGCUUUCAGACGUAUUUCGGUUGUGUCACAGUAAACUCAAAACCUGUUCAGUCUCUGUUAAUGUGGCCAAUGAUGAUUUUAAUGAUGACGACGACGAUGAUGAUGAUGGUGGUGAUGAUGAUGUCAGCUCAUCUUCAUGACAGUGUUCUCUGACUUACAUCUCUCCUGUGGCUGAAUUUCACAGUCAUACCCUAGCACCUUAAAGAAAUGUCUGAAACGAU